AUGACCACACUGAGAAAAAAGCCAUUCUUUGGGCUUACCGGGGGAUGGCUCACUUUCUGGAUAACGGUUGCUUGUGCAACAGACAUGUCCUUGUUCGGCUACGACCAGGGGGUCUUCAGUGGUGUGGUAAUAACCCGGGACUUUCUCGAAGUCCACGAUCUCGUCGGACCUACGAAAACCAAUACUCUUUCCACCGUGACCGCCAUCUACGACAUUGGCUGUUUCAUUGGUGCUAUUGUUGCCUUUACCGUUGGAGAAAGAUUAGGGCGAAAGAAAUCCAUUAUAUUGGGGACAUUGAUAAUGGCUGUGGGCACCAUUCUGCAGGCAAGCUCGUUCAGUUUGGCACAGAUGUUUGUUGGGCGAAUCGUGCUAGGCGUCGGCAACGGAGUUAACACAGCCACUGCCCCAAUUUGGCAGACGGAGACGUCGCAGUUAAAGUGGCGUGGCAAACUUGUCGUGUUCGAGAUGAUGAUGAAUAUCGCCGAAUCCCCUAGAUGGCUUCUCGCUCAUGGGAGAGAAGAAGAAGCGAUUGAGGUACUCAGCUGUUUGGAAUCGAAACCGGCCAAUGACCCCUUCAUCGUUACGCAGUGCCGCGAAAUCAAUUUCAGUGUCCGCUACGAGCGCGAAAAUGCCGUACGGUGGAGAGAUUUAUUACGAAAGAGAGCCAACACCACCAAGACCCUCCGAAGGCUUGUUCUCGGCGCUGGGAGUCAAUUUAUGCAACAAUUUGGAGGCAUUAAUAUCAUGUCCUAUUAUUUGCCAACAGUGCUAAUCAAAUCUGUUGGCCUCACCGAAGAGAUGGCCCGGUUACUAUCAGCUUGCAAUGCCGUCUCAUACCUAUUUUUUUCUGGCAUUGCCGUCUUGCUGAUCGAAAGAUUGGGUCGUCGGUGCCUAAUGAUGAUUUCGACAUUCGGCCAAUUCUUUUGUUUCCUCGUGAUUAGCAUUUUGCUGUGCUUUUCCGAGUCAAGCGCUGAAAGAGAGAAAUAUGCAUCGGCAUCGGUCGCCUUUUUCUUCCUCUAUUAUGGUGCCUUCGGCAUCGGAAUGCUGGGUAUCCCUUGGCUGUACCCGACGGAGAUCAAUUCUUUACCUAUGCGAACAAAGGGCGCGGCUGUUGCAACUGCGAUGGAUUGGAUUACCAAUUUUGUCAUUGUCGAGAUAACUCCGAUUGGUAUUCAGAGCCUACGCUGGAAAUUCUGGCUCGUUUGGACCGCAACGAAUGCCGCAUUCCUACCAAUUCUCUACUUUUUCUAUCCUGAGACUGCAAACCGAAGCCUUGAAGAUAUGGAUGCUUAUUACAGAUCCAACCCCUCGUUGGUCGUCACGAAGGACCCAGACGCUAUUUGUCGAAAACGUCCUCAGAAAUACAUCGACCACGAGGCUAGCGUUAUCGAGAAGACAGCUGCAGGUUUGAAUUACCCCUCAGAUGGGACGGUGAGCCAUGUUGAACAACUCGAAGCAGAAGCCGACAAGGAAUGA